CUAUCCACGUGUGAUUAUUGAAUAAGACUUCCUACAUCAACCACACGUGGAAGAAGUGCUUCACAUUCAUUAUCAUCAUGGGAGAUUUGGUCGAAAGACGUGAUGUGAACAACGCAUUGUUGUUCGAAUGCGCUUGGGAAGUGGCCAACAAAGUCGGAGGUAUUUAUACCGUCAUUAAAACAAAGGCUCCCGUCACCGCUCAAGAAUAUGGAGAUCGUUAUACACUCGUGGGACCUUUGUCCUACCGUACCGCGCCCAUGGAAGUGGAAGCAAUGGAACCCACCGAUCCAGCAAUGAAGGCAACUUUGCAAAACAUGAAAGAUCGUGGUGUAAAAUACCUUUACGGAAGAUGGUUGAUCGAGCGUGCCCCAAGAGUUUUGCUUUUCGAUACAGGCUCAAUGUAUCAUCGAAUGGACGAAUGGAAAGGAGAUCUUUGGAAUUUAGCAGGAAUACCCACUCCCCCCAACGAUCAUGAAACCAAUGAAACUUUAAUCUUUGGUUAUCUGGUUGCUUGGUUCUUGGGAGAAUAUGCCAUUCAUGAACGCAAACGUGCCAUCAUUGCUCAUUUUCACGAAUGGCAAGCAGGUCUCGCAAUUCCUCUUUGUCGAAAGAGAAGAAUUGAUGUAACGACAAUUUUCACCACCCAUGCAACUCUUUUGGGUCGUUACUUGUGCGCCGGUAGCGUUGACUUUUAUAACAAUUUGCAAUACUUUGACGUCGAUCAUGAAGCUGGAAAGCGUGGUAUCUAUCACCGAUACUGCAUCGAAAGAAGUGCUGCUCAUUGCGCCGAUGUCUUUACCACAGUUUCUCACAUUACAGCGUACGAAAGUGAACACUUGCUCAAACGUAAACCCGAUGGAGUUUUGCCAAACGGUUUGAAUGUGGUCAAAUUCUCUGCUAUGCAUGAAUUCCAAAAUAUGCACGCUAUCAGCAAAGCAAAGAUUAACGAAUUCAUCAAAGGUCAUUUCUACGGUCAUUACGACUUUGACCUUGACAAUACAAUCUACAUGUUCACAGCUGGUCGUUACGAAUACCGCAACAAGGGUGUGGAUAUGUUUAUUGAAUCUUUAGCCCGUCUCAAUCACAGAUUACAGGCAUCCGGCAGCAAGACUACGGUUGUUGCAUUUAUCAUUAUGCCUGCUGCUACAAAUUCCUACACAAUCGAAGCACUCAAGGGACAAGCAGUGACUAAACAAUUACGUGACACCGUUGAUGAGAUCCAAAAGCGUAUCGGAGAAAGAUUGUUCGAACGUACUGCAAGAUACAAAGGUGAAGGUGGUAUGGAUAUCGUUGACCCAAUGACUUUGCUAUCGGAAGAAGACAAGAUCUUGCUCAAGAGAAGAAUCUAUGCUUUGAAGCGUAAUUCUUUACCUCCCGUCACAACGCACAAUAUGGUAGAUGAUGCCAAUGAUCCAAUUUUGAACCAGAUUCGACGUGUGCAACUCUUUAAUCGCCCUCAAGACCGUGUCAAGAUCAUCUUCCAUCCUGAAUUCCUGAAUGCCAACAACCCAAUCUUGGGAUUGGAUUACGAAGAAUUCGUACGUGGCUGCCAUAUCGGUGUCUUCCCAAGUUAUUAUGAACCAUGGGGCUACACACCUGCUGAAUGCACAGUCAUGGGUAUUCCUUCCAUCACAACAAACUUGUCUGGUGUCGGUUGCUUCUUGGAAGAAACGCUAGAGAACACAUCGGAUUAUGGUUUGUACAUUGUAGAUCGUCGAAUGAAGAGCGUUGAGGAAAGCGUAAAUCAAUUGACGGAUUAUAUGGUCGAUUUCUGUCAAAAGACCCGUCGUCAACGUAUCAAUCAAAGGAACAGAUGUGAACGUUUGAGUGAUUUGUUGGAUUGGAAGAGUCUUGGUGUGGAAUAUGCAAAAGCACGUCAAUUAGCUUUGCGUCGCGCUUAUCCCGAUUCGUUCGAAGAUGAUGAAGAUGACAACUACUUUGACGAAGGAGCAAAGGUACCACCACCAAUUUCCAUGCCUGGAUCUCCACGCUACGGAGGCGUCCGUACACCGGGCGAUUACGGAACAUUGGCAGAAGAUAUGCAAGGUUUAAGCACGAAUGAUUAUCGUGGAAACGCAUUCUGGCAAGCUAUCAACCAAAACGAAGAUGAAGAAGAAGCAUUCCGUUUGCCACUCGUUCUCAAAGGACGUCGUCGUGGAACGUCUGUUGGUAGUAUGAGUGGAUCCAGUACGCCAGGCUUGUUGGGAAGCAAGACUUUAUCUGCUGGUGACUUGGAGCGUGCUGAUGAAGCUUUGAGCAAUCAUCAAGAAGUGAACGGAAGCAAUGGUAUUAAUGGUCAUAAGUGAAGUUUUCUCUGAGCCGUUCUGUAAAUCUUUCUCUGCCCUGUCUUUGUUUCGAAACCAAAAGAUGUGCAACCCCCUUUUCUAAUCAUUGUGACAUUCCUAUUACCAAUUGAGAUCAUUUUUUACAUACAUACUAUGACUGAAAACAAAUUCAUAUGAUUGAGCGAUAAUGUUAC